UCCGUGUGCUGCGCUCGGGUUCAGUCCGGUGAGUCACCGAGCGCGCGGGAGUGCGGAUAGCGGCGAAAAGAGAGCCGAAACACCGAAGAGCUCGAGUAUGGCGGUCGAGGAGGAAGGGCUGCGCGUUUUCCAGAGCGUCAAAAUUAAAAUCGGUGAAGCUAAAAACAUUCCUCCAUAUCCGGGUCCAAAUAAAAUGCGGGAUUGUUACUGCACCGUCAACUUGGACCAGGAGGAAGUUUUCAGAACCAAAACCAUAGAGAAGUCUUUAUGUCCUUUCUACGGUGAAGACUUCUAUUGUGAAAUCCCACGCAGCUUUCGUCAUCUGUCUUUCUACAUUUUUGACAGAGAUGUGUUCAGGAGGGACUCCAGCAUCGGUAAAGUAGCGGUGAAGAAGGAAGAUCUGCAAAAAUACCACGGUAAAGACCACUGGUUCCCACUGCAGCCUGUCAGUGCUGAUUCAGAAGUUCAGGGAAAAGUUCACCUGGAACUGCGUCUCAGUGAGGUCAUCACCGACAGCGGAGUCGUCUGCCACAAGCUGGCAACACGGGUUUUGGAGUGUCAGGAUCUGCCGAUAGUGAACGGUCAAUGUGACCCGUAUGCAGCCGUGUCAUUACUUGGCCCUUCCAGGUCAGAUGCCAAGAAGACUAAAGUCAAACGUAAAAACAACAAUCCUCAGUUUGAUGAGAUCUUCUUCUUUGAGGUGACCAAACCGCUCAGCUACACCAAACGCCAGUUUGAUGUUGAAGAAGAUGAUGUGGACAAACUUGCGCUCAAGGUGGAUCUGUGGACCGCCAGCAAUCUGAAAUUUGGAGAUGAGUUUCUGGGAGAGGUACGAGUACCACUGAAGGUACUGGGACAGUCGGGCGUUCACGACGCAUGGUACUUUCUUCAGCCCAGAGAUAACGGUAACAAGUCAGUUAAAGCUGAUGAGCUGGGUUCACUAAGACUCAACAUCAUUUACACAGAGGAUCACGUGUUUCCUACCGAACAUUAUAAUCCUCUCAGAGACCUGCUGCUGCAUUCUGCACACGUCGAGCCCGUCUCUGCGUCUGCUGCGCACAUUUUGGGCGAGGUGUGCCGAGAGAAACAGGAAGCGGCCGUCCCUCUGGUCCGACUCUUCCUGCACUACGGAAAAAUUGUGCCUUUCCUCAGUGCCAUUGCCCAUGCAGAGAUCAAGCGCACACAGGAUCCAAACACCAUCUUCAGAGGAAACUCCCUCACAUCUAAAUGCAUCGAUGAGACCAUGAAACUGGCUGGGAUGCAUUACCUGCAGGUCACCCUAAAGCCUGUGAUUGAUGAAAUUUGUACUGACCACAAACCAUGUGAGAUUGAUCCUGUCAAGCUGAAAGAGUCGGAGAAUCUGGAUACAAACAGGGAAAACUUACGGCAUUACGUGGAUCGUAUCUUUAAUAUCAUCACCAGCUCAGGCGUCAGCUGCCCGACGGUCAUGUGUGAUAUCUUCUUCUCUCUACGAGAAUCUGCAGCGACACGUUUUCAGGUUGAUCCAGACGUGCGGUACACAGCUGUCAGCAGUUUUAUCUUCCUCCGGUUCUUUGCACCUGCAAUCUUGUCACCAAAUCUUUUCCACCUGCGACCGCAUCACCCGGAUCCGUGCACAUCACGAACCCUCACUCUUAUAUCCAAAACCAUCCAGACUCUGGGAAGUCUCGCCAAGUCUAAAUCUGCCAAUUUCAAAGAGACUUACAUGGCUGCCUUCUACGAUUAUUUCAAUGAACAAAAGUACGCUGAUGCUGUAAAGAAUUUUUUGGAUCUGAUAUCAUCAUCGGGUCGCUGGGAUCAGAAGAGCAUUGAGACGCCCAUCAUGUUGAAAGAGGGAUUCAUGAUCAAACGCGCUCAGGGGCGAAACCGCUUCGGUCUGAAGAACUUCAAGAAGAGAUGGUUUCGUCUCACUAACCACGAGUUCACCUACCAUAAAGCCAAAGGUAAUUCAAGAGGAGAUGGCGCUCUUUGCAGUAUUCCUAUAGAAAACAUUCUGGCUGUAGAGAGACUGGAGGAAGAGUCCUUUAAAAUGAAAAAUAUGUUUCAGGUCAUCCAGCCAGAGAGGGCGCUCUACAUCCAGGCCAAUAACUGUGUGGAGGCCCGGGACUGGAUCGAUAUCUUGACUAAAGUCAGUCAGUGUAACCGCAAGCGUCUGAGCACCUAUCAUCCGUCUGCUUACCUCAACGGCCAUUGGCUCUGCUGCAAGAUGUCUGCAGACGCAGCGCCCGGCUGUACGCCCUGCACGGGUGGUCUUCCUGCAAACAUUCAGCUGGAUGUGGAUGGAGAUCGAGAGACUGAGAGGAUUUAUUCACUCUUUAACACGUAUAUGUCUAAACUAGUGAAGAUGCAGGAGGCGUGUGGCAGUAAAUCAGUGUACGAUGGGCCCGAGCAGGAGGAAUACUCCACAUUUGUGAUCGAUGACCCGCAGGAGACGUACAAAACUCUGAGACUCGUCAUCUCAGCCGUUCAGACGCUGGAGCAGCAGCACAUGCAAUAUAAACGAGACAAGUUUAGAAAAACCAAGUAUGGCAGCCAGGAGCAUCCAAUCGGUGAUCAGAGUUUCCAGUGUUACGUACGUCAACAUUCAGAAAGCACCACAUACUCCAUCUGAGCCAUCAGUGAUCUUCACAACAACAGUGACAUCACACAUACAGGACACUUCUGACAGCUGUGAUUGAUUGACAGAGAGGAAUAUCUCUUCUCUUUUACAUCAAAGCAGCUUUCUCCGUGACAGACGCACUUUAUACGUCACAUGAUCCUGUGGACGCCUCACGGCACGUUUUAACAUUUUAAGAUUUAUUUUUUACCAGAAGAAAACCUCUGGAUGUUUUUAUGAACUGAGUACUCAGUUUUACUGUAAGGACUAAACAUCAGCUCCCAGAAUGCUUUGCUGUCAGAUGGGAAAUCUGAUGGAGACUUGAGAUUAAAUCUCAGAUAUUUACUGUAAUCAAUGUUUAUAACUCAUAUAAUGAGAUUAAUACUUCCUUCAGAUACUUCAGUAUUGUUUUGUCCCUUUUUAAGCCCCUCCCCCUGAUGUUACAUGUCAGCCAAUCAUCACGCCAGCUGAAGAAAUGCUGCUUUAUGGGAAAUGUAGUUUUGUGUGUAUUGGAGUAUGUGGUGUCACACUAAGAGUUUAUUAGUUUCUCAUUGCUUCAGCUUUCUUUAAUCAAAUCAUGGGUUAGGUUAUAGUUCUGUAACAUUCUGUGUUUUGUACAUUUCGUUGUGUGUUCUGUAGGUUCUCCUUUAUCUCUGCGUGUGUGUUCAUCAAUGAUAAAUAUUUGAUGACCUGUCAAGAUGAGUUCAACUCAUAUCACCUCAAAAUCAAAAAAAAAAAGACAAGUAUAGUUUGUAUAUAGAAAAGUUAAAGACAGUUGAGAUUUCUUGACUGUUUUUUCAUAAUAAUGAAGCCAAUUUAGCCUAAAUUUUCAGUAUUGUUAUGCAAUAAAGCGGUUUAUGACUGUAAUGCAUAAACAGUAAUACAUUGUUUAAGUUUUCCUCAUCUGGUAAAGCAGUGUGCUUGCAACAACAGGGUUGUGGGUUUAAUUCCCAGUGAGUCAAAACUGAUGCGCUACCGUCCAUCAUGAUAGUGUCAUACUUCGUUUCAUUGAUUUUGAUUUAAUCAUGGUAUUAGAUGACUUUUUUAUUGUAAAACAGUAUUUUUAUGCAAUUUUUUGUUCGGAAAUAUAAAUAGAAUGACAGAAAAACCUUUCAGAAAGAAAAUGUCUAAACAUCGGUCAUAAAGUCCAGGCUUUCUUUUAUUUUCUUUAUGCAAAAUAGAAAUGAUUUAUUUAUAGUUUCAUAUUUAUAUUUGGGUGAAAUAUAACCCAGAUAUGUAUUUCAGUUUGUUCACACUGUCAGUCCAAAUCUGAUUUUGAUGCAUAUCCGAAAUUGGAAUCCAAUCACAUUUAAAACGUGUUAACGGCAAAAAUCCACAUGAAAUCCGUUUUUUUCUAAUCCGUUCCAGGCUACAUCCAGAGGUGGUUUGAAAUCCAUUUCAGUCUGAUGGCUCUGAUCACAUUUGGGUAGCUUUUCGGUUACGUCACGUAAAACAUAAACACGCCAGACAUCGAGGCAGAUUGUCGUGCCAGCUCAGUGUCAUUGCCAUAGAAACAGUUCAGACAAUCCAGAAAACGGCAGAACGCUACAGGACGCACAGAUCGGAUCUGAACAGUUGUGAUACACAAUGAGUCCAAUCAGAUAUGCACCAAAAUCAGAUUUAGAUUGUGAGUGUUUCCAGCUUUUGUGUCCAUAUACAUUUCUGAUGUACAUAUAUGUUAACAUACAGUCAUGUGAUGCAUGUUUUAUUGGUAAGAUAUUGUCUUAAUUUUAGUACGGUCCAUAGUUUCUUCCCAAAAUGAAAACCUAUUUAUUUUUAUAUCACAGAAUGAUGCUUUUGUGGUUUUAAAACUCCAGAUGCACAGUUUAAAUGAAUAAUGCAAUAAUGUUUUUUGUUAAAUCUUAGAUUAAGAAACGAUUAAAUGUAAAUGUGUGAUGAUGAUGAUGAUGAUGAUGAUGUGUGUACAGAACUAAAGGAUUGAUCUGUGGAUCCAAAUGAAGGCAAUAGCAAACUAAUAAUAUCUGUGUUUGAAUUAUUUUCCAUUGUGUUAAAAAAGAAAUCCAUAUCCAUGGGAUUUUAUAUAAAGUCAUUGAAAAAUA